UGCCGCGAGGUUCGUUCUGAAAAGCUCGUAUAUCAAACUUCUGUUCCAGGUAACCAAACCGUGUGUAAUCGUAAUUUCGAGAUAUGAAUAGGGAAAGGAAAAUAAUAUUGGCAGAGGUACAAAAAUGUAUGCUCGCGGAAAAAUCUAAGUUCCUCGAAGAAGAAGAAGAAGAAGAAGAAGAAGAAGAAGAAGAAGAGGUCAAUCGUAGAAACGUCCUGUCUUUUAAUAGCGAUGAAGGAAUUUUUAGCGAAAGUGGAGUGGUGGCACGUGGGAAACGAGGCACUUCGUGGAAACGGUGUCGCGAUGUCGUGUAGCAUGGCACGGACGAACGGAGGGAGGCCGAUCCCUCGAAAACACUGGCCGAUUGCAAUUCGAUGGAAAUUGUGUCACAGUGCUUAAGCGACAAGCACCGGUGACGGCGACGCUUCGCGUCUAAAUAUAACAGGCGUCGUAACGCGCACUCGAAGAUUUUCGUGUGUUUUUCGAGCGAUUACGGCCGCCUGGAUGUGGCACGUUGACACGAUGGCAUCGAGACUCAACGAUAGAAUUAAAUUCGAUCCAAUGGAAAUAAUCUUUUCAACUCGUUAACCGAUAAUUAAAUUGAUUUCAAACGAUUUUAAAAAAUUUUCUAGUAUUGAAACUAUAGUUUAGUUAGAGUUUCAAACCUUAUUCGACCAACGUUUAAUCGUAUUUGGAAAUGAUGUAUUUAUAGAAGAUUGGAAUAUUCUUCGAGUCACUUUCAGAGAUUUUCCACUCACUAUCUCUCUCUCUCUCUCUCUCUCUCUCUCUCUCUCUCUCUCUCUCUCUCUCUCUCUGUCGAACACUUAAUAAAUUUGAUCUAGUCUGUCAAUAUUCGAGCAUGUUUGCGAUAUACUCGAUCCCAUCACUAGUCGACGCGUUGACGGAUUAUUGGUGAGCGUUCACGUGCAUCGAUACGCGCGAAAUGACCGCGAGAAUUGCUCGUGGGAUGAAUGAAUGAAUGAAAAAGGACGCCGACGAACAAGCGUAGCGUGCAUUUGGCAAGGGGACAAUCGUGCGACGCUCGAAAAUCGCAUGUCGACGCUUGUGUUCGGCGCUUCGUGACGAGAAAAUACGCAGCGGAAAAAUUAUCCCGCUAAAAUUAUCCCCCUAAGAUGGCUGACCGACUAAGUCGCGUGCUCCAAUUUUUCUCGAUAAUUGGAAUAAAAUUCAGGUUAAAAAAAAAAAAAAAAAAAAAAAAAAUAAUAAAUAAAAAUAAAAAAAAAAGAAAAUAAAAAAGUAAAAUUUACCUUUCGUCGAAAUCGAAAAAAUUAUGAUUUGCCUCGGGAUAUUUCGUUUCUCGUGGAUAAUAUUUAAUCGUGGAUUUCUCAUUUUUAAUUCCCGUUGUUGGAAAAUCGAACAAUCCAUCCCUUUCGAAUCUUUUCGGAAUUGGAGGCUUUCGAGCUCUUUUCAAGCUCUCAAACGGCCAAUAAUCAUUUCCAACAUAGUAAAUCAAAAUCCGCGGGGAUGAGAAAAUCAAUCUCGAGGGAGGAGGGUCUGUCAGAGAAGCGAGAUAAUGACUAUAAGAUGCUGGUCAAAUAUCUUCCAUUGAUCUUCCUCCCCUGCGUUCUGGGAUUCCCUAAGAAAGUCCACAUAGGAGGUUUAUUCGACGAUGACGCCGGAAUUCGACGUACUUUCGAAACUUCCAUAAAGGCGGUGAACAAACAGCGACACGUGAACGAGGAAUUUUCAAACGUGUUCCUCAUGGCGGAAUCGAACAAGGUCGGGACAGAUCCGUUCGAGGUUUCGCAGAAAGUAUGCGAAUUGAUGGGCACGGGGGUGGCCGCCAUUUUCGGUCCGUUAAAUAGGUUCACCUCGGAACACGUGCAGAGUAUAUGCGACACCAAGGAAAUACCGCAUAUUUAUGGUAGAUGGGAACCCUCUCAACCUCGUGGCAAAGGGAUAAAUUUAUUCCCACAUGCUGACACACUCGCCAUGAUAUUCGAUCAAAUCAUAAUCGAUUUCGAGUGGAAAAUUUUCGCGAUACUGUACGAGGGAACGGAUAGCUUGAUCCGUUGCCAUCGAUUGUUGGAGAUUAAGGAUCCAAAGAAGCAUGGGAUAUUUUUGUACCAUUUGGGGCCUGGACCGAAUUACAGUAAAAUUUUGCAGGAAAGUGAUGAAGGAGAUAAAAGACGCCGAGUUUGAGAACAUAAUCAUCGACUGUUCCAUUGACAUAUUGGAAGAAGUGUUGAAACAGGCGCAGCAAGUAGGGAUUAUGUCCGAGAAGAACAAAAUUAUAGUUACUUCCCUGGACUUUCAAACGAUCGAUCUAGAACCGUACCAAUAUUCCGGGGUGAAUUUCACGGGGGUGCGUUUGAUCGACCCCGCCAGUCCCAUCGUGAAGAGUAUCGUGAAGAUGCACGAGGCGGAAUGGGGUCUGGACGAUCCCCGUC